AUGCUGGACCAACCUACACCCACCAUGCGAAACAUAUACAGAGUCUUGGCAUGCCUGUUCGGCCCCCUGGGAUUUAUAGUCCCCUUCACUACGCGGGCCAAGGUCCUGGUGCAGCACUUGUGGGACAAACAGAGAGACUGGGAUGACCCUUCACUGCCUGAAGAUGUGCUGCAGCCAUGGCUGAUGUGGGAGGAAGAAUUGCAGCAUCUCUCCCAGAUUCUACUGCCUCGCUGCUAUGUGAGCCCUGAGAUGAACACUUCAAACCUCCAGAGAGACUUACACAUCUUCGCUGAUGCGUCAGAGAAGGCAUAUGGCUCAGUGGCCUAUCUGCGGACGGAGAGCUCACAUGGCCGUGUGGAAGUGUCAUUCAUGACUGCUAGAUCCAGAGUGGCCCCAAAGAAGCAGCAAUCAGUACCAAGACUAGAACUGUGUGCUGCCCUGACAGCUGCACAGCUAGCUGCACUACUUCAAAGAGAGCUGACUGUGAAUAUCCACAAUGUUAUAUUCUGGACCGAUUCCACAACAGUACUCACAUGGCUUCAGUCCGACUCCUGUCGGUACAAGGUAUUCGUGGGAACACGGAUAGCUGAAAUCCAGGAGCUGACUGAUGUCCGGGCCUGGAGAUAUGUGGAUUCGGUCAACAACCCAGCUGAUGAUAUAACGCGAGGAAAAACACUGCUAGAACUGGCUGGUAAGAACAGAUGGAGUCAGGGCCCUGUCUUCUUGCCUACACAGCCAGCCACAGAGGUGACAGAGAAUCCUGCUGAGCUGUGA